CGCAACAAGCUGUCAGCUGUUCUUGUUUUGCUUCGGUUUUUUCCCUUCUUCUUUCUCUAGAGUGUCUGAUCUCUUCUGUACUAAAUAAGAACAUUUAUGGAACUCAGAUUUGGAUUCUAAAAACACCGGAUAUAAGGAGUUCAAAACACUCAGGCCUAUGAUUAGAUCGGUUUAUUGUUAAAAAGGCGAUCGAGAUUUCUUCUCAGCUGGAUCCUCAAUCCGACGCUAUCGUGCCAAGAGGCAAAGCCGAUCCCAGGCCUCCGAUCCAGGGCGGAGGGAGGGAAAGAGGUCGCUGGGAAUCGGGAUGGAGACGGGAGAGGGAGCAGACGGUCCUUGCGGACCGGGUGAACCGGGAGCCGGGCCGGGGACGGAGCUGACGGGGCUUGGCUGCGCCUCUUUCAACCAAGACUCCACGUCAUUGGCAGUGGGAACCAAGACAGGCUAUAAGCUGUUCUCUGUGACCUCAGUGGACAAACUGGACUGCAUCUACGAGAGCGAGACCCCAGACGUGUACAUCGUGGAGCGGUUGUUCUCCAGCAGUCUGGUGGUGGUGGUCAGUCUCUCCAUCCCCAGACGGAUGAACGUCUACCACUUCAAGAAGGGAACGGAGAUCUGCAACUACAGCUACAGUAACAACAUCCUCUCUGUCAGGCUCAACAGACAGAGGCUGGUGGUGUGUCUGGAGGAGUCAGUCUACAUCCACAACAUCAAAGACAUGAAGCUGCUGAAGACCCUUCUCAACACGCCCUCCAACCCCUCAGGUCUGUGUGCUCUGUCCAUCAACCAUUCCAACUCGUAUCUGGCCUACCCAGGCAGCUCCACCAUCGGAGAGAUCAUAGUUUACGAUGCCAACAACCUGAGUACUGUCACAAUGAUCCCGGCCCAUGACAGUCCCCUGGCUGCUCUCACCUUCAACUCGUCAGGCACCAAGCUGGCCAGCGCCUCAGAGAGGGGUACUGUAAUCCGUGUGUUCUCCAUCCCAGAGGGACAGCGUCUGUUUGAGUUCCGCAGAGGGAUGAAGAGGUAUGUCAAUAUCAGUUCCCUGUCCUUCAGUCCUGACGCCCAGUUCCUCUGUGCCUCUAGCAACACUGAGACCGUACACAUCUUUAAACUAGAACAGCACGGACCCAGUGGAGAGGAGGAGUGUCCUACAUGGGGAUCCUACGUAGGGAAGAUGUUCUCUGCAGCCAGCAGCUACCUCCCAGCCCAGGUGUCUGGAGUGAUGAAUCAGGAAAGAGCCUUCGCCACUGUACGCCUCCUAGUGGCCGGGCAGAGGAACGUCUGUACCCUCGCCACGAUCCAGAAGCUUCCUCGUCUGCUGGUGGCCUCCUCCGACGGACAGCUGUUCAUCUAUAACGUCGACCCCCAGGAUGGAGGAGAGUGCUUCCUGGCUCAGAAACACAGAUUGUUUGGUGAGGAUGAGGACAAGGAGGAAGGGGCGGAGUCAGAAGGGUCAGAGGUCACGGUGCCCGUCCAGGCAUGUCCAUCAUACGCCGCCACUGUUGCCAUACCAGCCACCGGUCCAGUCACUACCACGCUCACAGGUUACUCUGAGGAUGGUGGGGCUAAGAAGGGAGAGGUGAUCCCAGAACAUGAGUUUGCUGCUGGUCCCGUCUGUCUGGAUGAUGAGAAUGAGUUUCCUCCAAUAAAUUGGUGCCGCGACGGAACUCGAGGUGGCCAGGGGCGUCGUCUGUGAGGGAAGGACAGGAGGACAGACAGGCGGGAGGACAGACAGACAGGUGUCUGUUGUACACGUUAGAACACACUGACACCUGGUCUGGAACCACAGGACUUCCAGGGGAGGAACAGGACUAAAUAAACCAGGGGAACCGUUACCCAGAGAGAGAGUCAGAGAGGAACAGGACUAAAUAAACCAGGGGAACCGUUACCCAGAGAGAGAGUCAGAUAGAGGAACAGGACUAAAUAAACCAGGGGAACCGUUACCCAGAGAGAGAGUCAGAGAGGAACAGGACUAAAUAAACCAGGGGAACCGUUACCCAGAGAGAGAGUCAGAGAGGAACAGGACUAAAUAAACCAGGGGAACCGUUACCCAGAGAGAGAGUCAGAGAGGAACAGGACUAAAUAAACCAGGAGAACCGUUACCCAGAGAGCGAGUCAGAUAGAGGAACAGGACUAAAUAAACCAGGGGAACCGUUACCCAGAGAGAGAGUCAGAUAGAGGAACAGGACUAAAUAAACCAGGGGAACCGUUACCCAGAGAGAGAGUCAGAGAGGAACAGGACUAAAUAAACCAGGGGAACCGUUACCCAGAGAGAGAGUCAGAUAGAGGAACAGGACUAAAUAAACCAGGGGAACCGUUACCCAGAGAGAGAGUCAGAGAGGAACAGGACUAAAUAAACCAGGGGAACCGUUACCCAGAGAGAGAGUCAGAUAGAGGAACAGGACUAAAUAAACCAGGGGAACCGUUACCCAGAGAGAGAGUCAGAUAGAGGAACAGGACUAAAUAAACCAGGGGAACCGUUACCCAGAGAGAGAGUCAGAGAGGAACAGGACUAAAUAAACCAGGGGAACCGUUACCCAGAGAGAGAGUCAGAGAGGAACAGGACUAAAUAAACCAGGGGAACCGUUACCCAGAGAGAGAGUCAGAUAGAGGAACAGGACUAAAUAAACCAGAGGAACCGUUACCCAGAGAGAGAGUCAGAGAGGAACAGGACUAAAUAAACCAGGGGAACCGUUACCCAGAGAGAGAGUCAGAUAGAGGAACAGGACUAAAUAAACCAGGGGAACCGUUACCCAGAGAGAGAGUCAGAUAGAGGAACAGGACUAAAUAAACCAGGGGAACCGUUACCCAGAGAGAGAGUCAGAGAGAGGAACAGGACUAAAUAAACCAGGGGAACCGUUACCCAGAGAGAGAUUCAGAUAGAGGAACAGGACUAAAUAAACCAGAGAGGGAAAAGAUUCUCAUUUUAGGGUGCUAAGUUAUUUUUCUGAAUUAAGCGAUUUAAAUAAUAAAUAAUAAUAAUAAUAAUGAUUUCUAAUUGGGAGGGAGGGGGGGGGCAGGACUGGGUGUUUGUGAACCGGUGUGUUACAGUCCUAGGUCAAAUAUAUAAUGUCAAACACUCAAAUACCACUAUGUCCUAAAAAGGCACCCUAUUCCCCAUUUAGUGCACUACUUUAGACCAGGACCAUAGGGCUGUGAUCAAAUGUAAUGCACUAUAUAGGGAAUAUAGUGCAAUUUGGUGCACAGUCCAGGGCUGUGCUUAGUUUAGUUCAGUGGUUCCCAACCCAGGGGUACUAGGAGAGGGUACUAGAGGGGGUAGUAGAGAAGACUCAUGAGACCAUAGGCCUACUGGUUAAAACGCACAUGAAGGGGGUCCUUCAGGGGUACUCUGGGCAGAGCGAAAUUUAGUUGGUGGCACUAACCAAAAAAAAAAAAAAAUUGUGUUUAGUGUUUCCUGUAAAAUGGAACCAAUGAAACCGAUCUGAAUAUUCCCAAGAGGACAAACUCCAAACUAAAUGAAGGUCCCAAAGGCUCUGUCUCUGAGGGCACCUUGGUAGAGCAGUGGAAGUAUUAGAGACCAGGUGUGUGAUCCGUCUGUGGUGUGUUAAGACUCUCCUGUACCACGUGCAUGACUGACAUGUCGCAAAUAUAACCACGUUUUUUUUUUUUAUAGCUACAUGCAUUACUUGACAAAAAAUAUUUUAUAUAAUAGAAUAAUUAAAUUGUUUAAUUAUAGCAUCAUCAUAACUUUGUAUUACGUUUGUUAUUAUUAACAUUACGGUAUUUAAUCGUAAAGGAGAUUAACAGGUUUUAUUAUGAUGUUUGUUUUGUUUUAAAUCUGUGUAUUUGGAUGUAUUGAUACUUACUAAAUGUUUACAUGUACGCCUAUUGGACACGAACCAGCAGGUCCUUUUGUAUGUACGUCCCGAUGAUAUCAUUUGUAAAAGUGCGACGGUUUGCAGAUUGCACAAGACCAAACAAAAAAUAAACUACACAGAAACAAACAAAUAAAGAAGUUGACUGAAGUAGGAAUGGAA